ACCGCGGAGCGCAUGCGCGUCCCGGUCCAGCACGGAGCCGAGCAGAGCCGCACUCAGGUUCGGUCCCGGAGGUCCAGCAUGUUGGCCAGCGCGUUGCUGAAGUGUGUUCGUCCUGAUCUGAUGAGCAGGUGUUCUGUCCUCCCGGCGGUUCUGGUCCACACUCACGCCGCCCUCAUGAACUCCAACCGGACCUCCGUGGUCCGCUGCGGCCGGCAGAAGUACGAGAGGCUGUACCCGGUGGUCCUGGUCCGGCCGGACGGGUCCACCAUCAACAUCCGGUACAAGGAGCCCCGACGCAUCCUCCUGAUGCCGGUGAAUCUGUCCUCCCUGUCCGAGGAGGAGCGGCGCGCGCGGCAGAAGAAGAGAGAAGUGAAGUUGACGAGGAAGCGGACGGAGGAGCACAUCGAUGACGACUUCAGGGUUGACGAAUACAGCCACCUGUGGAAGAAGAAAUGACUUUUCCACGGGGAUUAAGGCGUAAAACGUGACGUUGUUGAGAAUGUCCCUCUGUCUGCCCAUGUACGUCAUAUUCCACUGCACACAUUCAUAAUGUGUACUUUGUACUUUGUACACAUUAUCUGUCUUGAACGUUAAGAUGAUGACAUUUUCAGGGUGUAGAUGACGACAGCAAUCACACAGAUGUACAACAAACAAACUGUGGCGGGUUCUGGAUGUUUUUGUGACACAACUGUGUUGACAAAUGUGGAUGACAUUAAAAAAAGCUUUUUUUAACUCUUACUUGAAGUAUUUACUCAAACUGGAACACAGGUUGGAAGUAUUUGGAUGAUGAGAGAGUUUCUCAGAGUUGCUCGGGCGUCAUGUUCUGGGUCUCUGGAAAGCGCCUAGAGACAACUUGUGUUGUAAUAGAUGCUAUAUAAAUAAAAUUCAAUU